UGAAUAAUAAAGCGAAACGAACCAUUCAUAGCAUGUCAAACGCAAAAUUAAAUGCUGACAACGAGCUUUAAUCGACAUUGACCAGGAGGCAUGUGGAUCGCAGAAAGCUCGAGAAAUCUGGUAAUUCAAAUAGCUUUAUUCCUUGUUUAUAUAUUUUUGGGAGCUGUCGUUUUUCAAGCGUUGGAGUCGCAAAAUGAAGAGGAGGAACGUAAAGCGAUGGUCGUGGCGCGAGAUCGUUUUCAGGAGAAAUACAACAUUUCUCGAGACGACCUAAAAAUUUUCAUCGAUCAAAUCGAGCAGAUAGCGGAUCACGGUUUUAGUCAACACUGGAUCAGACGAUGGACAAUAUUGGGUUCGUUGUUUUUCGCAGGAACCGUUGUGACUACUAUAGGUGGGUUGAUUAUUGAAUCAAGCUUUGCAUCUGUCAUUUGAUAGAAUUUUCUGGUUGCCCUAUAAUCGUUCGCUAAAAAAAUUGCGAUCGAACAACGACAGAUAAGUAAGUUAGCGUAGUCUAUAGAAAGACACAACUUACUUUGUAUAGACAGAAAACAAACCCUGUUUGUCAAAAAGUCUUUCACAGGAAAAUUUUAUCGUUCUUUAGUUUACAAUUUUUUGAAAAUACAUUAUUUUCCAUUUAGAAGCUAAUUAUUCGAGAGACUUUCUUUUUAAUGAGUUUUUCUUACAGAGAUGAAAAGCUUUCCUUUUUGCUUCAUUAAUAUUCUCCAAGUAGGGUGUCCGUUUAAAUUAUUACAGAUUCAGAAAAACUAUUUUCAUUUCCAGUCUGGUUGUUCGUUUAUCACAUGUCGACAACAAAGGUAAUCUUUCUAGACUCCAUAAGUAUUUUUUCUAAAUAAUAUAACUAACCCCCGGGAAAAUUUAAACUGAAAAACUACUCAAUAUAUGUCUUAUUGAUUCCGCACUACAUAAUUCAUGCAAGUUCAUGUAAAUAAGAUAUUUCAUUUUUUUCUAAUUACAUGUAAGAGUCAUCCUUCAGUCUUGAUAUUAACUGAAAAUUAAAAUGGUUUCUGGAGGUACUAUAUCCAAAAUUCUGUUGAAUUUUUUAUGCCGUUUGGAAGAGUGUUCAAUGAUUCAGGCAGAAGGAAAGGAGUUUUUAUAGCAAUGUUUUUGUAACUUUUGAAAUAUUUCGAAUCAAAUUUUGUCUUAUCAUGAGAAACAUUUUUUAACUUCAUGUUACAAAGUUCUUAUCACUUAAAAGCGAUAUAAAUGCUUGUGUGAAAACACCCAAAAAAACGAGAUAAGGCUAUUGUUGUUGAUCACUCUUUUAUGUAGAGUAUGUAUAUACGAUGUAAUAUUAAUAAUUUAAGUGGUCCAAUAUUCCGUCUGUGGUUUGAAAAGCUUUUCAUUUAAUUUGCCAAAAAUGUCAUACAUUUCCCGAUUUGACCGACAAGGCGAAACUUUCAUGGAUGAAGAUUGCAUUUCACUGGCCAUUUUACAAAACAAAUAUGUAUUUAGUUUCACGGAUUGUUACCGAUUUCAAGAUUUUUGUUCGAUGAACAAUUUCUGGCUACCUGAAAAACGUGAUAAUUUAAGAAAAAGUUUAUCGCUGUUAUCAAUUUCUGCAGAAAAAAAAAAGGUUAAAUGGUGUAUUGCAGAAACACCCUUAACAGUUCAAACCUGUUUUGCAUUCAUUUUCGAAUUUCACAGUAUUAUUUCUCUUUUUGGCUGAAAAAUAAAGAACACCAGAUCAAUUUCAGAGAAUAUGAAUCCCGUUAAAACCUUUUAGGGAUGUUUAAUGAGUAGAGUGCUCAACCAAAAUAACACGACAGAGUUCCUAUCUUCAUGAAGAUCACUCACUUUUCACUUUGAAAUAACGAUUCACUUGACACAAAUCUGAGUUUUAAUUUUUAUUUGAGAGAUGACAAUUCGCUCACUUUACAAUUACAGGGAAUUUAGUUUUCGGUCAAAAAAAAUUAAUGAUAAUGCCGGCGACAGAACAAUUUUUGAUUUUUUUUAAUCCUCAUAUACAGAUUUAUUUUGAUUCAGUAGAAUGAAUAUACGGAAAAAGGGUCUGAAUAGAAAACAAAAGGAUGUAAAUCAUUUGUUGUUUAUGCCUUAGGGUUUUGGUCUCGUGUGAAACAUUAUUGACUCGUUUCGAUGUUUUUAGUUCUUUUAGAGAUAUAAUUCUCUUUGGAAAUUUUCAAAGUUAAAGUCCAUCAGUGAUUGAAGGCGUUUAGAAUACAUUUUUAUUGUAAGUGGACAAAAAUUUGCUUUAAAAUUACUCCAGGUGUUUUUUCGGCAGCAGCGAACCCCGCAAAGAUAAAGCAUUCUUGAUGGCUCUUUAACGCCAGUUUUUGCGUGGGAAUGUUUUGUGGAAACAAAGCUGAAAGACGUCAGAUAUUCAUGGAAGUCUCAGCGUGUUUUCCUGUCUUUUAGUCUCUUUUAUGUCCCUUUUAUCGAUGAGAAAAAAUCAGGGAUAGAACUUGUAGCGAAAAAGGUUUCGUGUUGUUUGCGGUUUUAUUCUGGUUAAACCUUGAAUGCCAUCGUGUCCGCUCAAAACCGAUUAAAGCUAAUCCAAGAAUUAGGACUAAUUGAGGUCAUAAUUUUCAAUAUUUUGAUCAGUUUAUCAUUGAUCAUGUCUCCAGAAACUGAGAGAAAAUACAUUAUCAAUAUGGUGGACCGAAAAAGUGUCGAAAUUGACCAAAAAUUCCCUCCCACUGUUCUUGGUCAUUUUCAUUUCGCCUCGUAAUUUAGUUUUGCUCCUUUUUCAAAGAUUUUUUGUUUGCCUAAAGAAAAAAUAAGCUGUGCAGUCCCGUGAUUGAAAAAAAAGUUUGGCCAGUAAACAGCUCUGAUUGUCAAAAUCAAAACAGUUAUUUACAGCUCCAUUACGUUUGUUUCCUACAGGUAUAUCAAACUCAUUAGGAGAAACACCCUUGAGCUAGUUUGAAACUCAGCGCCAAAGAGGCGACUUAUCCCACUAAGGUGCAAGAACGUAAGGGGGUGGUAUUUCAUAGAUGCUAAUUUUGAUAUUGGAAAGGCCAUUCUAUAUUAAUGACAUGGGUUUAUUUCUACGAUGCUAAAUAUAAAUCUCAGAAAAUAAUGGCGCAAAUCGGAAAAGAAAUGCAAAAUAUGUCCUAUGUUUCUCCUUCAAAGUACAAAUACCUCAAUAUUUGCUCAUUGCAAUUUUUCAAAGAAGUGUUCUUUUCAGGAUUAAGAUUGUACUCUAUUAAAAUUGGGCGUUUUGGGGGGGCGUAAUAAACGGAAAGCGUUUAAGCGAAAACCUAAAUUUUAAAUAAUUUUGAUUGAAUUCAAACCGUGAGAAACAAUAUUUGAUUUACACCCACCUGAAAAUCUCUCACCCCAUGUUGUAGCGAGUAAACUCUGGGAAAAGAUUUGUUACCCAAGUAAAGCUAAAUUAUCUGAGAGAAACAUGUCACAUGUGCCCUGUGCAUUGCGUUUCGCUAUUUUCUUAUCGCAUUAUCUGAGACGAAAAAAACCUGAAAACGAAGAGUUUUCACCUGAUAUCCUUGAAAAAGUUUCUGCAAAACAAACCCACGCAAUUGGUCUAAAUGAAUAACGUAACCAAAUGUUCCUUAGCUAAAGUGGUGGAUAUUUGAAGAUAUCAUGAAAGUAAUAUUCCCCAAUUUUCAAACCUUAAGUCCAUUACGAUAAGUCUUCGUUUGAAAUUUAAUUCAAGAUGAGAGAGCGUUCUGUGAUUAUUAUAGAAGAAAGGAAACAUUUGUUUGUUCAUAAAGCCGUUUCAGAGAACACUCUGGAGAAAACGUCCCACGCAGCAAAUAUGCAGUAGGCUGUUCGUAAACAUUUUUUCACGCGCGUUGUAAAAUAUUAAAAGGAUAAUAAACACAAUAGUCUUUAUUUUGCGUCGUAUAUCUGUUCCUGCAUACUAUUUCUCGAAACUGGCAGUUUUCCUCGAUCUUCGUUCUCGGAAAACUGUUUGCGUUAGUUGAAACACAUAAAGUUCGCGGACAAAUAUCCGUUCAUAUUUCGCCACAAAUAGUGGCUAUCGUUUAUAAAAUCUAUUUAACCGAUUACAAGUAGAUGGUUCCUGCUCAAAUUUCGCGGACAAAUUUUCUAAACCUUUUCAUUCGUUUCUGUUUUUCCCUCUUCCCCAGGUUAUGGUCAUGUGACGCCUUGCACAGAUGCGGGCCGUAUAUUCUGCAUCUUCUAUGCCUUAGUUGGGAUACCGCUGACCUGGCUCAUGCUAUCAACGCUAGCGCAAUACAUUAACGCGUGUAUUGGCCGAGCUCUGGAAUGUUGCUACGAACGAGUUCUUCGACGAAAACCGGUAGGGAUUGGGAUUAGGUCUGCAGCAAUCACACUGGCGAUUAGCGCGUCUAUGAUUUUAAUCAUUGCCUUGUUCGGAUGUUACUGGGAGGGCUGGCGCUACCUUGAUGGCAUCUAUUUUGGAUUUAUAACAUUAACAACAAUUGGCUUUGGAGAUUUUGUUCCUCUGCACCCAUCGCCUAAUCGAGAUCCCGAAGGAUAUAGGUGGCACGUACUAAUGUUUACAGUCCUGAGUUUUCUUUACUUCACUAUCGGGUUAGCUAUCGUGUCCAGCGUAUUGUUAUCGAUCAGAAACGCCAUGGAAGAGAGAUCUCUGUCUGGAUUCCAAGUUCUAAAAGAACCAGAGGAAGACUGA